AUGGCUGCGUGGUUGUCAAUGAUGACCGACCUGUUCAAGACGCACAAGGUCCAAGACGACGCUCGCGUCGUCGCUGCCACCACCGUGCUGGACCAGAACGCACAGCGAGUGGUGUAUGGCGGCAAGAUCCAGGCUGAGGCAGAUAGGAAGCCGUUUGGGUGGGAGGAAUACGCAUCUGCACUCAAGCAAGCUUUCCAGGUCCAGCCGACUCAGCUGGAGGUGCGCAGCCGCCUUGAGAAGCUGCAGUGCGGGAACCGCACAGUGCAGCAGUACGCCGUGGAGUUCGAGGAGAUCUGGGUGCUCCAGAAACCGGCGGAACGUAUGAGCGAAGGCGAAAAGAUCCAUCUGUUCUUCAGGGGGCUGCCUGAGCACCUCAAGAACAUGCAUAUGACGGAUGGGGCUGGGGAGGCAUGGAGGUCCUAUGAUCACCCGCAGCAGGCCUCAAGGCCGUCUUCUAGCACUGCGGGUCCUAGCGGAAGGCAGCAGGGAACGCCUUGGAAGUGCGGGAACCACAAGAGGCCCUUCCAGCAGGGGCAGCAGGCUGACCACAAGGCCAAGAAGGUCAACGAGGGUGGACCAAGCAAUGUCCAGAGCUGCUUCAAGUGCGGCAAGCCUGGACACAAGGGCUAUGAGUGCCGCCACCGCAAGGCGGUGAAGUACUCUGGCAAGUCCAAGACGGACAACAAGCGCCAUAAUGGCAGUGGUCCCUCGGGCAGCCAGCGGGAUUUUGCAAAGCCCAACUAG